AUGGCUUCCCACCUAUUGAGGCGCGCCCUCGGAAGCCGCUCGACCCAGUUUAUCUCCGGCGCCGCGAAUCCUAGCCCUAGCCUGCUAUCCUCUUCAUCACCGUCAUCACAGGCAGCUAGGGUUUUCUCGUCUGAUUCCACUCCGAUCCGUGCCACUCUCUUCCCCGGCGACGGUAUCGGCCCCGAGAUCGCCGAAUCCGUCAAACAGGUAUUCAGAGAAGCUGAAGUGCCAAUUGAAUGGGAAGAGCAUUACGUUGGGGACCAAAUUGAUCCUAGAACUCAGAGUUUUCUAACAUGGGAAAGUUUAGAAUCGGUACGAAAGAACCGGGUAGGCUUGAAAGGGCCAAUGGCCACACCAAUUGGGAAAGGUCAUCGUUCAUUGAACCUUACUCUGAGGAAAGAACUUAAUUUGUAUGCAAAUGUCAGGCCUUGUUACAGCCUUCCUGGAUAUAAAACUCGAUAUGAUGAUGUCAAUCUUAUCACUAUUCGUGAAAAUACAGAGGGGGAGUAUAGUGGACUUGAACAUCAAGUGGUGAGAGGUGUUGUUGAGAGCCUCAAGAUCAUAACCCGUCAGGCAAGCUUGAGGGUGGCUGAGUAUGCUUUCCAUUAUGCCAAAACCCAUGGAAGAGAGAGAGUGUCUGCGAUACACAAAGCAAACAUUAUGCAGAAAACUGAUGGUCUUUUUCUUAAGUGUUGUCGUGAGGUUGCUGAGAAGUACCCUGACAUAAAAUACGAGGAAGUCGUCAUUGAUAAUUGCUGUAUGAUGCUUGUGAAGAAUCCAGCACUUUUUGAUGUGCUAGUCAUGCCUAACCUCUAUGGUGAUAUUAUUAGUGACCUUUGUGCUGGGUUGAUAGGGGGUUUAGGAUUAACACCGAGUUGCAACAUUGGUGAGGGAGGCAUUGCCCUUGCUGAAGCUGUACAUGGUUCAGCACCUGAUAUUGCUGGAAAGAACUUGGCAAAUCCAACUGCUCUGCUUCUAAGUUCUGUUACAAUGCUACGCCAUUUAGAGCUCCAUGAUAAAGCUGAUCGGAUCCAAAAUGCAAUCCUCAGCACAAUUGCCGAGGGGAAGUUCCGAACAGCUGACCUUGGUGGCGCAUCGUCAACUUCCGACUUUACGAAGGCAAUCUGCGAUCAUCUUUGA